GACGAUUCCACACCCGCCUGGUCGUCAUCUCGAGGCUCCCAGAGGAACACGAACAACGACCCGGAAUCGCAUUGCAGAAGGAAAGGCUAUUAUCUGAAGUUGUCGCAUAACGUCAGUCAAGAGGUGGGGGCGUUCUGCGCAGACUAUCACUCAGGAUGGCUUCUCAUACACCAGCCGUUGUCAUGGACAAUGGUACUGGUUUCUCUAAGCUUGGUUUCGCAGGCAACGACUCUCCUUCUUUCGUCUUCCCCACCGCGAUCGCAACGAAGGGCCCAGCAGCGGGUAGUGGGGGAUCUGGCUCUGGACGCCCUGCUGUUGCGAACAAGCCGUCAUACCUUACUGGCGGUGCUGGACCUGGGGGUCAUCUGUCUAUGAAGCGUGGAACGGAAGAUCUGGAUUUCUUCAUUGGAGACGAAGCUCUUGCUGCAGCAAAUGGACCCGGAUAUGGUAUACAUUAUCCCAUUCGUCAUGGUCAGAUUGAGAAUUGGGAUCACAUGGAGAGGUUUUGGUCCAAUUCGAUAUUCAAAUAUCUUCGGGUUGAGCCGGAAGACCAUUAUUUCCUCUUGACCGAACCGCCUCUCAACCCCCCGGAAAACCGCGAGAACACGGCCGAGAUUAUGUUCGAGUCCUUCAACUGCGCAGGUCUCUAUAUUGCGGUACAAGCGGUACUCGCUCUUGCAGCUUCAUGGACAUCGUCGAAAGUAUCGGAUCGAUCAUUGACUGGCACAGUCAUUGAUUCUGGAGACGGUGUCACUCAUGUUAUUCCAGUCGCAGAAGGAUAUGUGAUUGGUUCUUCCAUCAAGUCUAUUCCUAUUGCUGGUCGAGAUAUUACAUAUUUCGUACAAUCUCUUCUUCGUGAUCGAGGCGAGCCGGAUUCGUCCUUGAAGACUGCCGGGGAGAUCAAGGAAGAGUACUGCUAUGUUUGCCCAGAUAUCGUUAAAGAGUUUUCUAGAUUCGACCGGGAUCCAACACGCUUUGCAAAGCACGUUGUUACACAACCUGGCGGACGCAAAGUGACCGUUGAUGUUGGAUAUGAACGUUUCUUGGCCCCAGAAAUCUUCUUCAACCCUGAAAUUUAUUCAUCCGACUUCCUCACCCCUCUGCCAACAGUUGUUGAUGGAGUUAUUCAGUCUUCGCCUAUCGAUGUCCGACGCGGUCUGUACAAGAACAUUGUCCUGUCUGGUGGGAGCACACUAUACAAGGACUUUGGACGCAGAUUACAGCGUGAUAUCAAGCAUUUGGUUGAUGAUCGAAUUAGAGCUAGUGAGGCGCGGAGCGGAGGAGCACGAAGUGGCGGCUUGGAGGUUCAAGUCAUUUCACAUAAGCGGCAACGACAUGGCCCUUGGUUUGGUGGAAGUCUUUUGGGCCAAACACCGGAAUUCCGAAGCUACUGUCACACAAAGGCUGAGUAUGACGAAAUAGGUCCAUCCAUUGUCCGAAGAUUUGCACUCUUAGGCGGUCCGGGCGGAUCAUAAGUAGCACUCACGAUGCAGUCGUAGCAUGAAAAGAAUCGGCAAUGCAAUGGAGCACCAUGUGCACUGAGAGAUACUGAGAGGAGUGGUGAAUGAAAAUGAUAGAUGUGUUACGAGCAAAAAGCAUCCUGCAAAUAAAGAGCCCUUCAAAAAUGUAGAUUUGACACUGCAAUCACUCACUAUAGCUUGUCC